ACAUCACAUGGUCCGGCCACUAGGCCUAUUAACUGAUGAGCUUGGCGAACAACUUUGCAGACUUCUGUUUGAGAGCGGUGCGGGACAGAGCAGCUUUGAGCGGAGAGAAACCAGAAGCACCUGCAGACUUGCCUCUUUGGACACAACUUUUUUUCCAUCUUCUGGUCAGUACUUCUACAUCUUUGACUUUCGGCGCUGUUUUGUGAACUUUUUUUAUUUUUUUUUGUAUGUGCCUGUGAGUGAACACUACAAGCCGCCUAAAUGUAUAACAUGAUGGAAACCGAGCUCAAGACCCCGCUCCCGCAGUCCAACUCGGGCUCGGCGCCGGGCGCCAAGAACAACAGUGCCAACGACCAGGAGCGUGUGAAGCGGCCGAUGAACGCCUUCAUGGUCUGGUCCCGGGGACAGCGGAGGAAGAUGGCUCAAGAAAAUCCCAAAAUGCACAACUCUGAAAUCAGCAAGAGGCUUGGUGCUGACUGGAAACUCCUGACCGACGCUGAAAAGAGGCCAUUCAUCGACGAGGCCAAGCGUCUGCGCGCUAUGCACAUGAAGGAGCAUCCGGAUUAUAAAUACCGUCCCCGCAGGAAGACCAAGACCCUGCUCAAGAAAGACAAGUAUUCUUUGCCCGGGGGACUGUUGGCGCCAGGAGCCAACGCCGUCAACAACUCUGUGUCGGUGGGGCAGCGGAUGGACGGUUACGCGCACAUGAACGGGUGGACGAACAGUGCGUACUCCCUCAUGCAGGACCAGCUGGCCUACCCUCAGCAUCACAGCAUGAACAGCCCCCAGAUUCAGCAGAUGCACCGGUACGAGAUGGCAGGGCUCCAGUACCCGAUGAUGUCCUCGGCGCAGAGCUACAUGAACGCGGCUUCCACGUACAGCAUGUCCCCGGCGUACACGCAGCAGACCAGCAGCGCCAUGGGACUCAGCUCCAUGGCGUCCGUGUGCAAGACCGAGCCGAGCUCACCGCCGCCGGCCAUCACGUCCCACUCUCAGCGGGCGUGUUUGGGGGACCUGAGGGAUAUGAUAAGCAUGUACCUGCCUCCCGGCGGAGAAAGCGCAGAGCAUUCCUCCCUGCAGAGCAGCCGGUUACACAGCGUCCAUCCGCACUAUCAGACCGCAGGGACUGGCGUCAAUGGGACGCUACCUCUCACCCACAUCUGAGAGCAACGGAAAGAAAAGACUUCAAACUUUUAAAAAAAUAAAAAAAUAAAGUACUUCGGAUACUUGAACUUUUUGGUUGCUAAAGAAACAACGUUCAACAGUUUCCUUUGUUCAAAAACUAUUUGAUCUCAACAUGUCUUGAGUUGUCCAUUUUAAAUGCAUUUGAAAUGGAUCGAAAACUCAGCGUUGAGCCCACCAGAGUAAAUUGCAUUGCAAGAGGCUUUUUAUCACAAGUAUAAGCAAUCAACGUAUGUAGAAGAUUUGGACUUCUAUAUUUUAAUUAAUGCCAUAUUUUCUCUCUAUGAAAAGGCAUGUGGCCUCAUUAAGAGAGGCUGGUGUAUUUCAGAAAAGCUGGAUGGAAAGUUGGUUAACAAAUGUUUACACUUAAUUUGUAGAAUGUCAGUUGUCUCGACUGUGUCCCAAAUUUUGUAGUCUUUCUUUAUUUUCUCCCCCCUCUUGACCUAGGUUAAAAAGAAAUGUUAAGACUGUGCGGGUCGCAAACGCAAGUUUUAUUUAUAGUAAGAUUUUUUUGUUUUCUUUUUAGCUUGUGAACCCGAUGUUUUGUCACGUGAAAAAUGUUUAAAUUUUGUUUUUGUAAAAUGUUAUUUUUUGUGAUGGUUUUGACAGUGUCAUGUUUACUCAUUAUCAUGAACGAAAAUGUUUAUUUAAACUGACGUUUCUACAUAUUUUAAGACCAUCCUCUAUUCUUAAAUGCCUAAUAAAUUUGUACGAAACAUGA